CUCACCUUCACCACCUCUUCCAGAAGGAUACCACGACUCUUUCUAAACCUCUAUCUGUCCAAGAAAUCUGCAUACCUGAAGGCGUUUUUUCAGUCUACAUUACUUUGGCAUUUUGGCAAACCAGCAUUCUAUUUCAUUUCUGCCAACAUAGCUAUUUUUCAUAUCGGGUGAGUGUUCUACACAAUUGAGUUUGCCAUUUUUGGAUCUGCCGACAACCCCACUACAAACUCAAUGCUCUGUUGAGAGCGCAACUUUCCCUGCUUAAUAUCCUACUCUUAGCCAGUUCAUUUCACCCACCAUGUCGUUCAAUGUUAAUUGGAACACAUUGGAAACAGACUCCUUGAGAAACUGGACUACAGAGCUAUUAACUGGGGCGCUAAAUUCUGGGAAACGGCCUACCAUACUUGCUUCUGACAUCACCAUCAAGGAUUUGAAUUUCGGGAAGAUUGCCCCUGACUUCGAAAUAUUAGAAAUCGGUGAGCUCGAUAAAGACCGAUUUAGAGGCAUCUUUAAAAUCAACUAUGAUGGGGACUUCCACUUGACACUUCACACACAAGUGCAAGCAAAUCCUUUGAAAAUCUACAGUGAUAACUCCCGCGAUCAAGAAUUAGUUGAUGACUCUUCUUUUGUCACGCCUGAGUUUUUGUUGUCUACUGAGCCAUUCAAUAUUCCUUUAGACUUAAAGUUGAGCGACAUCAAAAUAUCUGGGAUAGGCAUCAUUGUGUUUUCACAAACCAAAGGUCUUACGCUUGUGUUCCGGAAUGACCCAUUGGAUUCCAUUAAAGUGAGCUCCACUUUUGAUACUGUCCAGGUGUUGUCAAAUUUUCUCCAGACACAAAUCGAAAAUCAGAUCAGAGACUUGUUUCGAGAGACUCUUCCGACAUUGAUUCACCAGUACUCUUUGAAGUAUACGUCGUCAUUUAAGAAAAAUGACUUCAUGAAUAACCUCAAGGAUCAUCUUAAGGAUCAAAUCCCGUCCGCUCUCUCUGAUCCAUUAGAGCUUGAGAAUGUUGCAUCAAGCAACCUCAAGAAGCUUGCCAAACUCUAUAGUUCACGUGAAACUCUCGAGUUGAAUAUUCCCAAAUUCAAGAAAACACUUCAAAGAAAUCAUUUGGAGAAGUUUAAUAGGGACUACUAUCCAACUUUGGCGAAUUCUUUAUACUCGAACUUGAAUUUGCCUCCAACUUUGGGUGUCUCUCAACAAGACAACAGUCUUCCUGUUGAGCUCAUUGUGAAUACCGAUUUCAAGCAAGUUGACAAUAUUCUCAAGGAGAUCUCAUCGAUACAAACGAAAUCAUUCAGAUCGGGUAACACCGACGUGAAACGUGCAAAGAGAAGAAUCAUCAAGAUUGGUAAGGGAUCCAAAAAGUGCUCCAAGGAUAGCACUUCUGAUCGUGCUCUCAAUACAGAAGAUUGCCCCUUGAGUUCUGAACUAGUUAACAAAACAAAAGAAAGUCCUAUGGAGAGCCUGGGAACUUUCGGGGAUGUCAAUUCUAGUGACCUUUCAGAUACGUCAACUGUACAUGAGGACCAGGGUAACUCGAUUCACCAGCCAACUCCUGUCAAGCAUUCACAAAAAAGACCACUUAUUCAUCCAUCGCUCGGGCAUAAGGAUGACAUUUUUACUCACACAAGCAAACACGCUUCAGCUUCGCCCUUGAACACAAGCUCUUCAUUUGUUGGUGGUGUUGGUUUAGGUAGCUCUUUUCUCAAUAUCGCGUCCGGGACUGCCAUAUGCGGCUCGCCUCUCAGAAAUGAUUCCACGAGAAAGACGACACACGAUGCUAAGGUGAGAGUAAAAAAGUCCAUGAAUCGUGUUGACAUCGAACACAUCAAUGAGAAGCUUAACACAGCGUUCAGCUUUGACGAUACAAAGUUGCGCACAAAGCAUGACGAGGCAUUUUCUAGAAAACUUGUUGACUCUUGCUUUGAGAAUCCACCACCGCCAUACUACCAAGCUCCUCGCGUUAAAUACUGAGAAGCUCAAGACAUCACCUGUCUUGGUUACGUGAAAUGAUUUAUUUAUGCCUAUUUUCUUCUCCUAUUUUGUUGUUAUUUUGUUGCAGUGGCCACUGCGUUUAUUUUCUUUUGUUUGACUGUAUAACCUUUACAUUUUAUCAAAUACAUGAUCUUCAGCUUC